AUGUUUUCAGUAGCUUUGUUAGUGAUAUAUGUCACUCAUUGGGUUAGCAAAUGGAGAAAUCCAAAAUGCAAUGGUGUUCCUCUCCCUCCAGGUUCGAUGGGUUUGCCACUCAUUGGUGAGACUCUCGAUUUGAUCAUUCAAAGCUACUCCCUGGAUCUACACUCUUUCAUCAAGAAGAGAAUUCAAAAAUAUGGACUCAUAUUCCGAACAAGUAUAGCCGGCAGACCGGUCGUAGUAUCUGCCGAUCCUGAGACUAAUAGUUACCUAAUUAAACAAGAAGGGAAGCUAGUUGAACAAUGGUACAUGGACACAUUUGCCAUGAUAUUCGGGCUAGAUGGUGAUUCGCGAGUAAAUGAAACUGGACUCGUUCACAAGUACUUGAGGCACAUUUUCUUGGAGCACUUUGGUGCUGAGAUCCUGCAGGAAAAGCUGCUCACCAUAAUAGAUACUUGCAUCAACAAAACUCUAUGUUCGUGGUCAAGAAAGGAAUCUGUCGAAGUGAAGCAUGCUGCUUCGGUUGUAAGUUCAAUUCACAAAUGUGCCAUGCAUAUUCUCUCUUUACAAUAG